AAUCCUUUUCUCUUUUAUAAACUCUAUCCUUUCCCCAGUCUCUCUCCCAUAAACGAAGCAAAAACGAUGAAGAAAAAGGACUUAUUGGCCUCAGCGCCGUGGAGGGGCGACGAUGCAAAUUCCAAAAGUUUCGAGGACGGAAAGCUAAAAGUCACCAACAACCCCGGUUCAACGCCGGUGAUGCACGUCCCCAAGAAACGCUCCGUUAAAUCCAACGCCGACGACGGCGAUUCGGCCGUCGAGAUCGAUCCUGAGCUCCGAUACAGCUUUCAGAGGAACUUUGCGUUUCUUCAACGAGUUUUUAGUGUUGACACCCUUGUCAAACCUCUUCCUCCUGCAAUUGGCUACAAUGUCUCACGCAACAUCAGCUUCUUCACACGAAUUUUCACACAGUUCUUUGAUCCAGAAGGAAUCGCCGAUGCGCAGAAAUCUCUUGGUUUAGGACAGGAAGAGAGAGUUCGCCGUGUUCGUUGAGCAGUUAAUUAUCUGAUUUUUCGCUUGAACUUGUCUUUUAUCGUACUGAUUUUGUCAUCAUUGCAAAUACUGUCUAUCUACAGCUCAGUUAAUGUCAGUUCUGAAGUUCUAUUGCUUCUAUUAUUACAUGCGCACAUGGAAGCUCUUCCUCCUUAUUCUUUCUAGUCAUUGUUUACAUAUAUGUUCAUUUCUGUCUAUAUAAACUGUUGUUUCGGACUU